UUGCUAAUUGGGGCUUACCUUUAGCUGCAAUUUUUGAUUUUAAAAAAGAUCCAGACAUUAUAUCUCCUAGAAUGACAGCAGCAAUGUGUGUAUAUUCUGCUUGUUUUAUGCGCUUUGCUUGGAAAGUACAACCCCGUAAUAUGUUACUUUUUGCAUGUCAUUUUACUAAUGAAGCUGCACAGAUAUAUCAGGGUUAUCGUUAUAUUAAUCACGCUCAGUAUGUUUAG